CCGGAACAGCCCGCGCUGAGGGAAGAGAGGAAGAAAAUAAAACCCGCGGCCGGAGCCAAAGCUGGAGCUGCCGCCGCCGCCGCCGUCGUCUCGGCCGUCUGGAGCUCCCCCGCGCGGACGAUGCCCGCGAUGCCCGCGCGGGGCUCCGGGCGGUGAGGCCCGGGGCGCGGGGUAGCUAUGGCGACCGGGAGCGCGGCCCGCGGCGCCGCCUGACAGGUGUGGGGCCCCGGCGGCGGCGGCGGCGGCGGCACGGAGCAGCAUGUACGCCAAGGGGGGCAAGGGCUCGGCCGUGCCCUCCGACAGCCAGGCACGCGAGAAGUUGGCGCUGUACGUGUAUGAAUACCUGCUGCACGUUGGUGCCCAGAAGUCAGCCCAGACCUUUCUGUCCGAGAUCCGAUGGGAGAAGAAUAUUACACUGGGGGAGCCCCCUGGCUUUCUGCAUUCCUGGUGGUGCGUGUUCUGGGACUUGUACUGUGCAGCGCCCGACCGCAGAGAGGCGUGCGAGCACUCGAGUGAAGCCAAGGCCUUCCAGGACUACAGCGCUGCAGCGGCCCCCAGCCCAGUGAUGGGGAGCAUGGCCCCCAGUGAUGCGAUGGCAUCAGGCCCCAUGGCAGCCGGCUUCUUCCAGGGCCCCCCCGGCUCCCAGCCUUCCCCCCACAACCCCAACGCCCCCAUGAUGGGGCCUCAUGUUCAGCCUUUCAUGUCACCGCGGUUCCCAGGGGGCCCCCGGCCCACCCUGCGGAUGCCGAGUCAGCCUCCCGUGGGCCUCCCCGGCUCCCAGCCCCUCCUCCCUGGCGCCAUGGACCCCUCCCCGCGUGCUCAGGGGCACUCGAGCAUGGGCCCAAUGCAGAGGGUGACACCUCCACGGGGCAUGACCAGCGUCGGGCCCCAGAGCUAUGGAGGUGGCAUGCGGCCCCCACCCAACUCUCUUGCUGGCCCGGGUUUGCCCACCAUGAACAUGGGACCUGCAGUGCGUGGUCCAUGGGCCAGCCCCAGUGCCAACUCGAUCCCCUACUCCUCCUCCUCCCCGGGCAGUUACACGGGACCCCCAGGAGGAGGCGGGCCCCCUGGAACACCCAUCAUGCCCAGCCCUGGAGACUCCACCAACUCCAGUGAGAACAUGUACACCAUCAUGAACCCCAUCGGGCCGGGCGCCGGCCGGGCUAAUUUCCCGCUUGGCCCUGGUCCGGAGGGCCCCAUGGCCGCCAUGAGUGCGAUGGAGCCUCACCACGUAAACGGAUCCCUGGGCUCGGGCGAUCUGGACGGGUUGCCGAAGAGCUCCCCCGGCGCCGUGGCCGGCCUGAGCAACACCCCGGGCACCCCGCGGGACGACGGCGAGAUGGCGGCCGCCGGGACCUUCCUGCACCCGUUCCCGAGCGAAAGCGUAAGCGACUGCGUCGUCCCCCCCCGCGGCGGCGUCGGGCCGGAGGGGCCUGGCGGGCAGACCCCGGCGGGGCGGCCGGGGGGCCAGAGCAAGACCGUGACCGCGGCGGGCCAGUACUCCCCCGGGAUGACCAUGAGCGUGUGAAGGGGCCGCAGCCCCUUGCCCACUGCCGACCUCGGCUUCUGCCCAGCGCCCCUGCCCGGGGCCAAGGUCCAGGGGCUCGGGUGGUCUGCAGGGUGAGGGUCUGAGGUCACACCGCGGGCAGCUGGACUCCCGGUCAAGGCUUGGAUGGCUGGGAGGCCCCGCGCGAAGGACUCAUUCAUUUUAUAAAAAAAAACAAACACAAGGACCUCAGAGACGUUCUUUUGUGUAUGGGCCCUUCCCGCCAUUUCUGUUUCGUCCGGGGGGACUCCUUGGGGGACCUCCUUUCUCCUGGACAGCAGGGGUGGGCCCCACCAAUAAACGUAACUUGAUUUUGG